AUGGCCAAAGGAAUUCUUAAAAUUAACGUUGUUGAAGCAAAAAACUUGAAGGAUGAAGAUUUUAUCGGUAAAAGCGACCCUUAUGUUAAAUUUAUUCUUGAUAAAAAUAAUUUUCUAUCGACUACAACCAAGAACAACGAUUUAAACCCAAAAUUCAACGAAAAAUUUAUUUUUAAUGUUGAUGGGCAUAAAAAAAUCGGAGUUCAAGUUUGGGACAAAGACUCGGUUGGGCAUGAUGAUUUGAUUGGCGAAGAUGAAAUUGAUCUCUCCGAAGUUAUUUCUAAAAAUUAUGUAGAUGCUUGGUUUGAUUUGACAAAAGGCAUAUUUGGGUUCAGAAGCAAAGGAGAAAUUCAUUUGCUCAUGGAAUUCGUUCCUAAAUGA